AUGUUUCAGCCAGGGUCACCAGCAAAAAGAAAGAACAAGUCAUCUGCUAAAAGAGGCAAGUCUCCAAGAAGUAAAAGAAGUAAAAGCCCUCAUCAUAUUGUAGUCAAAGUAAAACAGGAGCGAGAUGACCAUUCCCGGAGAGGACACGAGGAACAACAGCACAGAGAUCAGUCAGAGCAAGAACAUAGACGAGAGAGAAAUGGUGACAGAGAGAGACACAGAGAUCAUUCCAAGAGAAGAAAAAAUCUUCAUGAAAGGCCAGGAGGUCGAGGCCAUGAGAGAGAAAGGGAUGCCCAAAAUCUCCGUGAGCAGCAAGUGGAGAGGGAGUUUUAUAAUGAGAGAAGACGUGAACAUCGCCAGAAGAAUGAAGCAAGCAGCGGUGAUGAGACUCUGGACCUUGGUAAACCUGAUGAUGAAAAUAAAGUUAAAGAUCCAACAAAUAAAGAGAAACCAAGUUUUGAGCUGUCUGGUGCUCUCCUAGAGGAUUCAAACACCUUCCGCGGUGUUGUGAUUAAAUACAGUGAGCCCCCAGAAGCUCGGAUUCCAAAGAAACGAUGGCGUCUCUACCCUUUUAAGAAUGAUGAGGUUCUCCCAGUCAUGUACAUUCACAGACAAAGCGCUUACUUGCUAGGUAGGCACCGAAGAAUUGCAGAUAUUCCUAUUGACCACCCAUCUUGCUCCAAACAGCAUGCUGUGUUUCAGUAUCGGCUUGUAGAGUACACCCGUGCUGAUGGUACAGUUGGCCGCAGAGUCAAGCCUUACAUCAUUGACCUUGGCUCUGGCAAUGGUACUUUCCUAAAUAACCAACGGAUUGAACCUCAACGUUACUAUGAAUUGAAAGAAAAGGAAGUGCUGGAGUUUGGGUUCAGUUCAGAUACAUCUGAGGUGGACAAGAAAUCGGAGGAGGAGGAGGAGGAAGAGGAAGUAUCUGACAGUUAACAGAUCAGAAAAAGACUUCCAAGAUCAUCUUUCCAGUAGAACUUGAAUCUGGAUGUGAACAUUGGAGCAUCAUAGCACUGAUGCCUCUUAUUGCCUUAAAAUCUUUCCUCUGUUGCUGAUCAGUUCUCACUGCAGCUUAUUUUGGGAAACUUCUGACAUACUCAUCUCUUUUGUAAUUUUGAAACUCAUGAGAAAAUAGUUUUUGCUUUAAGAGGAUUCUCCACAAUAAAUAAGGGGUAAAAAAGCACCUGAAAGUGAGAGUUCCAAUGCGAACUAUUCAUCAGACAUAAAAAUAAAUAUGUAAGGUUGUACAUAAAGCACAUAGAAUAAAAUAGACUUUUUUAAAAUAAA